AUGUCUGCAGACGAAACGCUACCGUACGUGCCGCUCGCGGUCUAUGAGGGCAAUGAAAGCGGCACCGGCGGCGACUCCAGGACCGAAAACCUGAACGUCUAUUAUCAAUCCGGUGAUCUGGCAUGGAUGAUCAUGGCCACCGCGUUGGUGUUGCUCAUGAUUCCCGGUGUAGGCUUCUUCUACUCCGGACUGGCGCGUCGCAAGUCCGCCCUUUCGCUCAUCUGGCUGUCGAUCGCCGCCACCGCCCUCAUCUCCUUCCAAUGGUUCUUCUGGGGCUAUUCCCUCGUUUUCUCGCGCGGUGCAAGCCCUUUCAUUGGCGACCUGCAACACAUUGGCUUUCGCAAUGUACUCGGCGCGCCGAGCAUAGGCAGUUCAAGAAUCCCAGACCUGAUGUUCGCGGUGUACCAAGGAAUGUUCGCGGCCAUAACGGUUGCGCUGGCUAUCGGAGCAGCCGCAGAGCGUGGCCGACUCCUUCCGGCCAUGGUCUUUGCAUUCUGCUGGUCCACCAUUGUCUACGACCCUGUGGCGUGUUGGACGUGGAACUCAAAUGGUUGGGUCUUCAAGAUGGGUGGCUAUGACUUUGCAGGUGGUACACCUGUGCACAUUACCUCCGGCACUGCCGCCCUGGCCUACUCCCUGAUGCUGGGCAAACGUAAGGGUCACGGCACCCACGAACUCAACUAUCGCCCACACAAUGUUACUUCUAUCGUGAUCGGUACCGUCUUCCUGUGGGUCGGUUGGUUCGGCUUCAAUGCCGGGUCAGCCCUAUCCGCGAAUCUGCGCGCUGUCAUGGCGGCCGUCGUCACGAAUCUGGCUGCCUCCGUUGGCGGUCUCACCUGGUGCGCACUCGACUACCGUCUCGAGCGCAAGUGGUCGACCGUUGGCUUCUGCAGCGGUGUCAUUGCCGGUCUUGUCGCCAUCACUCCUGGCUCUGGUUUCGUGCCGGCCUGGGCUGCUGUGAUCUUCGGUGUUGUUGGCGGUGCAGCUUGCAACUUUGCCACCAAGAUCAAGUUUAUACUACGCAUUGACGACAGCCUGGAUAUCUUCGCCAUUCAUGGUGUUGGCGGCUUCGUGGGCAACCUACUUACCGGUCUCUUUGCUGCAGACUAUAUCGCUGGUCUGGACGGUGUUAGCAUUGGAGAAGAUGCCAUCGCUGGUGGCUGGCUCAACCAGCACUGGAUCCAGCUGGCUUAUCAGCUCUGCGAUGGGGUCUCAGGUAUGGCGUACACCUUCGUCAUGUCAAUUGGGCUUCUGUUUGCGAUCAACCUCAUCCCAGGACUCAAGUUGAGGGCGACCGAAGAUGAGGAACUGCUUGGUAUGGACGAAAUUGAGAUCGGCGAGUUUGCGUACGACUACGUCGAGCUCUCCCGUGACGUUGUUCACGGUGUCGAGGAUCCUGAGCUGGGUGUUCUGGAGGGCAAGUCCGACAUCGACGCAGAUCGCAAGUCUGAGAGAUGA